CGAUACUCACGCAGCUUCAUUGUGACAAGUUGUUGGUGUUGAAGAUUUGUGGGUUAAAUUACUGAGUUUUGUUAAUUUGAUCUGUGAUACUGACUUAAGAACUCCGCAAUCAUGACGAUGGCAAUGUUACAACGACGAGCCAACGUUCGGCUGCCCCCAGAGGUCAACAGAGUUUUAUAUAUAAGAAACCUGCCGUACAAAAUCACCGCUGAAGAAAUGUAUGACAUUUUUGGUAAAUACGGAGCAAUACGACAGAUCAGAGUAGGCAAUACGGCAGAGACGAGAGGAACAGCAUUUGUGGUUUAUGAAGAUAUCUUUGAUGCGAAAAAUGCCUGCGAUCACCUGAGUGGUUUCAAUGUCUGUAAUCGUUACCUAGUGGUACUGUAUUACCAGAGUAACAAGGCGUUCAAACGAGUCGACGUAGAUAAGAAGAUGGAGGAAAUUGAUAAAUUGAAAACAAAAUAUAAUCUCAAUGAAGAAAAGAAACCAUAAUGUUAAGAUAUUCAAGUAAUAUUUUGAACAAUUACAAAGUAUCACUAAUGUGAAUGCGGCAGUUGCUACGUAAUCACAAAUGGUCCAGUUGUGCGGCAAUUGCAAGUGUCUGACGGAUUUGUGUGAAGUUAUUUACUCUCAAAGUGAAAGGUAUGAUAAGCCCUAUCCUAUUCUCUACUGUGCUGUUUACAGUUUGUUGUAAAUAUAAAAUGAUUUCGUAUUACACACUUACAAAUCAUCAUUCAAUUUGUGUUAUAUUUAACUUAUAGCAAACUAGAGAAGUGUAGAAA